GAUCGCGCCCAGAUCCCUCGCUGUGACUUUCCCCAGCACCCCGGCGCGCCCCUCGGCAACCAUGCUGCGCUGGCUGCGGGGCUUCGUGUUGCCCACCGCGGCCUGCCAGGAUGCGGACGUGCCCGCGCGCUACGAGACCCUCUUCCGGACGCUGGACCGCAACGGGGACGGCGUGGUGGACAUCCGCGAGCUUCAGGAGGGGCUCAGCAACCUGGGCCUCCCGCUGGGCAAGGACGCCGAGGAGAAAAUUUUUGAUACUGGAGAUACCAACAAAGAUGGGAAGCUGGAUUUUGAAGAAUUUUCCAAGUACCUCAAAGACCAUGAGAAAAAAAUGAAAUUGGCCUUUAAAACUUUGGACAGAAAUAAUGAUGGAAAAAUUGAGGCAUCAGAAGUUGUCCAGUCUCUCAAGACUCUGGGUGUAAAUAUUUCUGAACAACAAGCACAAUUGAUUCUAGAAAGUAUUGAUGCUGAUGGGACAAUGACAGUGGAUUGGAAUGAAUGGAGGGACUACUUCUUAUUUAAUCCUGCUUCAGACAUCCAGGAAAUUAUUCGUUUCUGGAAACAUUCUACAGGGAUUGACAUAGGGGACAGUUUAGCUAUUCCUGAUGAGUUCACAGAAGAAGAGAAGAAGUCGGGGCAGUGGUGGCGGCAGCUGUUGUCCGGAGGCAUUGCUGGGGCCGUCUCUCGAACAAGCACUGCCCCUCUAGAUCGCUUGAAGGUCAUGAUGCAGGUUCAUGGUUCAAAAUCAAUGAACAUAUUUGGUGGCUUUCGCCAGAUGGUAAAAGAAGGAGGUGUUCGUUCCCUUUGGAGAGGAAAUGGCAUAAAUGUCAUUAAAAUUGCUCCAGAGACAGCUGUGAAGUUCUGGGCAUACGAACAGGUUUUGAAAACCCGGCUAGCAGUUGGCAAAACUGGGCAAUAUUAUGGAAUAUAUGAUUGUGCCAAGAAGAUUCUGAAACGUGAAGGCAUUGGGGCUUUUUACAAAGGUUAUGUUCCCAAUUUGCUAGGCAUCAUACCUUAUGCAGGCAUUGAUCUUGCUGUGUAUGAGCUCUUGAAGUCAUACUGGCUGGAUAAUUUUGCAGAAGACUCUGUCAACCCAGGGGUCAUGGUGUUGCUGAGCUGUGGGGCCUUGUCCAGUACCUGUGGGCAGCUGGCCAGCUAUCCUUUGUCUCUGGUGAGGACUCGAAUGCAGGCUCAAGCCAUGGUGGAAGAAACCGAGCAGUUGAGCAUGAUGGGCCUCUUUCGCCGAAUCAUUUCCAAAGAAGGCGUGCCAGGGCUCUAUAGGGGCAUUACCCCAAACUUCAUGAAGGUGCUUCCUGCCGUAGGCAUCAGUUACGUGGUAUAUGAAAACAUGAAGCAGACGUUAGGCGUCACCCAGAAAUGACAAGUUGAAAUUUCUGCUUUGGCACGACGAGUGGAAACUUCCACAUUCUCUGCACUGACUUCGAGAACUGCAGCAAGACCAGGAUCAAAGCAGCUGCGUAUUAUUUUCUUUUGUACAAAAGGGAAGUGUCUUAUUAGCGAUCAUUUCAAAACAUUUGGGCUCAAUUUUAUAUACUCAGCAAUUUUUUAAAAUCAUAGUUUUAUAUAUACGUUUUGGAAAAAACCCCACAAAACUUCACUUUUCCGAUGAGUCCUUCUAUAGAUUAGAGCCCGGAAGUAUAAACCUGAAAAUGUACUCGAGUAAACUGUAUUUGUUUUGUGUGGUAGAAUUAUCAUUCACUGAUCUCUAUAUUCUGGUUGGUUCAAAUUUAUGCCAAUUCUUUGAUAUACAAAUGUCUUUUUUAAAGAUUAGCACAAUGAUCAGAAAAUCUUGAGAGUGAACUUAUUUUAUACAUUUUAAAUGUCUUAAUAGACUUCUUAAAAUUUCCUCAGAGAACCACUAAUUGAAAAUCAGUGUAUUUAAAUAUACUUUAUAACAGCUAUGUAAGUAUAAAGUUUAUAUUCUUGUCUUUCUAUAAGCAGAGCAGGGACGGACACAAGGGCAAAUUUAUACAGAGCAACAAUGAGAUAAUAUUUAUUUCAAUGUAGUCAUUUUUCCUUUUUACUUCCAUUAUUAUUUGGUUCCUGGAGCUGAACACUGAUGGCCUUAUAUUAGUGUUAAAUGAUCAGCAUGAGAAAACUUAAGUGUAAGAUUCUGUUAUUCUGCCAUUGCUUGGAAACGUUUUGCUUGAAGCAAACCUCUUUUACUUGCACCUGUGUUGGAAUUACAUCCUUUCGUUAGUCCUUCAUUUCCUACUUUUUGAAUCAGAUUCUGUUUUAAUCAAGAAGGCUUCUUGGGACCAUUUGUUGUCAUCUGAACUUCCUCUCCUACUGACAUGAAGUGUUGAUCAUGGGUGAAUGGUACACUGAUUUCUUCUUCCUUGCUGAAUUUUUUCGAACCUUCCAUUCUGGAUUUGAGCAGCAGAAAGCUGAGAAAAGUACAUAUCAAUAGUAAUAAUACUAGUCCUAUACAUUAAAUACCUAUAUUUAAAUGUGUAAAUCAUACAUUAUCCACAUUUUCACUUGUCUCAAGUUUUAGGGACACAAUAGAAUCUUUAAUUUAUAAUAGUGGUAGCAUUCAUAAGCCUUUUUUGUGGUCAACUCUUUUUCUUUUCUAAUUUGAGUGCUUAGUACUUAGGAAGAUAUUUAUUAAUUGGAGUUGUUUUUUUUAAAUUGGUUUGCAGACUCAUUUGAUCUUUUUUUAUAGAUGGCCAACAUUUUCAUGAAAUUCUAGUCACAUAAUAGGCACUUGCUUCUUUUGAACCUACCUCUUUUUAUUUCAAAAGUGAAAUAAACAGAAAAGAUAGUUGUGUGAACCAUAUUCUAUUACAUAGUUUUGUCUAAGUAAUACAUUACUUAUGCUCAAUACAUGUCUCAAAACUUUUAUACAAGAUUUGAUAAACCUGAGACUCUAUCUUCAGGAUUAUUUGUAAUUUUGGGGAUAAAACACAUAAAAUGACAAUAUUAAAGUACAUGAUUAGUGCUUUCGUUUUUGUAACUCAUAAAAUUAUGGGAAAUAAUAAUUGUGCCAACAUUGUUUUUUUAAUUUCAAGCUGGUGAAAACUAUGGAAACUAUUUGCACUUCAUUAUGAACUGAAAUUGUUCCUCAUAGGUAUGAAUGUGAUUUCACUGUGCCUCUUGUUAUCUUUUGAAAAAAAAUCAUCUUGUAUCUUUUGGAAAGAGAAAAGCUUCAAGUUGAAGAUAGCUUAUUUCUUGCAUGAUUGCAUAUUUACUUCUCUUUUAUAUUAAAAUAUUUGUUUGUAAAA